CUUCCCCCACCUGCUUCCGGCCGCGGCUCAUUUCUCGCGCCUCCGCCUCCGCCGCGGCUCGUGGUCGUCCCGCCAUGGCACUGUCGCGGGGACUGCCCCGGGAGCUGGCCGAGGCCGUGGCCGGGGGCCGGGUGCUGGUGGUGGGAGCGGGCGGCAUCGGCUGCGAGCUUCUCAAGAACCUCGUGCUCACUGGCUUCUCCCACAUCGACCUGAUUGAUCUGGAUACUAUCGACGUCAGCAACCUCAACAGGCAGUUUUUGUUUCAAAAGAAACAUGUUGGAAGAUCAAAGGCCCAGGUUGCUAAAGAAAGUGUACUGCAGUUUUACCCGAAAGCUAAUAUCAUAGCCUACCAUGACAGCAUCAUGAACCCUGACUAUAAUGUGGAAUUUUUUCGACAGUUUAUAUUGGUUAUGAAUGCUUUGGAUAACAGAGCUGCUCGCAACCAUGUUAAUAGGAUGUGCCUGGCAGCUGAUGUUCCUCUUAUUGAGAGUGGAACUGCUGGUUAUCUUGGGCAAGUAACUACCAUCAAAAAGGGUGUAACUGAGUGUUAUGAGUGUCAUCCCAAACCUACACAGAGAACUUUUCCUGGCUGUACAAUUCGUAACACACCUUCAGAACCUAUUCAUUGCAUCGUUUGGGCAAAGUAUUUGUUCAACCAGUUGUUUGGGGAAGAAGAUGCUGAUCAAGAAGUAUCCCCUGACAGAGCUGACCCUGAAGCUUCCUGGGAACCAAUGGAAGCUGAAGCCAGAGCCAGAGCAUCUAAUGAAGAUGGUGACAUUAAACGUAUUUCCACUAAGGAAUGGGCUAAAUCAACAGGAUAUGAUCCAGUUAAACUUUUUACCAAGCUUUUUAAAGAUGAUAUCCGGUAUCUGUUGACAAUGGACAAACUGUGGCGGAAAAGGAAACCUCCAGUUCCGUUGGACUGGGCUGAAGUACAAAGUCAAGGAGAAGAAACCAAUGCAUCAGAUCAACAAAAUGAACCCCAGUUAGGUCUGAAAGACCAGCAGGUUCUAGAUGUAAAGAGCUAUGCACGUCUGUUUUCAAAGAGCAUUGAGACUUUGAGAGUUAAUUUAGCAGAAAAGGGGGAUGGAGCUGAGCUCAUAUGGGACAAGGAUGAUCCAUCUGCAAUGGAUUUUGUCACCUCUGCUGCAAACCUCAGGAUGCAUAUUUUCAGUAUGAAUAUGAAGAGCAGAUUUGAUAUAAAAUCAAUGGCAGGGAACAUUAUUCCUGCUAUCGCUACUACUAAUGCAGUGAUUGCUGGGUUAAUAGUGUUGGAAGGAUUGAAGAUUUUAUCAGGAAAAAUAGACCAGUGUAGAACAAUUUUUUUGAACAAACAACCAAACCCAAGAAAGAAGCUUCUUGUGCCUUGUGCACUGGAUCCUCCUAACCCUAACUGUUACGUAUGUGCCAGCAAGCCAGAGGUGACUGUUCGGCUGAAUGUACACAAAGUGACUGUUCUCACAUUACAGGAUAAGAUCGUGAAAGAAAAAUUUGCUAUGGUAGCACCAGAUGUCCAAAUUGAAGAUGGGAAAGGAACAAUCCUAAUAUCUUCAGAAGAGGGAGAGACAGAAGCUAACAAUCAUAAAAAGCUGUCAGAAUUUGGAAUUAGAAAUGGGAGCCGGCUUCAAGCAGACGAUUUCCUUCAGGACUAUACUUUAUUGAUCAACAUCCUUCAUAGUGAGGACCUAGGGAAGGAUGUUGAAUUUGAAGUUGUUGGUGAUGCCCCAGAAAAAGUGGGGCCCAAACAGGCUGAAGAUGCUGCCAAAAGCAUAACCAAUGGCAGUGACGAUGGAGCUCAGCCUUCCACGUCCACUGCACAAGAGCAAGAUGAUGUGCUCAUAGUUGAUUCAGAUGAAGAAGGUCCUUCAAAUAAUGCUGACAUCAGUGAAGAAGAGAGAAGUCGCAAGAGGAAAUUAGAUGAGAAAGAGAAUAUCAGUGCAAAGAGGUCACGCACAGAACAGACAGAAGAGCUUGACGAUGUCAUAGCAUUAGAUUGAACAGAAAUGCCUCUAAACAGAACCCUCUUAACUGCAAAUGUAAUCAAAGCCUUCAGAAAAUCAUGUUGAACAAGACUCAGCCCUCAGGAGCAUGCUGCUUGAUGCCCACAAGAUGGACUGACUUCCAGCCUUCAGUACAGCAGUGAGCAAGCUGAAUCCCCACCUACAACUAUAGGAGUCUGUGAGGUUCACUUUACCUUUAGAUUUUUAGAAGAUGUUCCAUUUUCCUCCAGGAAAAAGAAAAUCUCAAAAUGACAAAACUAUGUAACAGACAAUAAUGAAAUAUUCUGGAAUACCACCUCUCGGAAAUGUUUCAGUUAACUGGUUGGUCACUGGUGAUCAUGGUCAGUUUGGAAAUUCCAUUCCUAAAACCUCACAGUGCCCCUUUAGACUCAACUGUCCAUGUGUUUUCAGCAUUUUGUAUAUGUACGUUCUUUUCCAUUUUAAUGUACAUGGCAAUGAGUACCAGUUUGAUCUGUAGAGAUACGCUUGUGUUUUGGGAGACCAGUGCAUUUUGUCUCUACAACUCUGUUACUACCUUUUCCAGCAGGGUCUGUCCCUUUUCUACCUGUUUCAAUAAAAUCAGGGUCAGCAAGGCAGGUCCAACACAGAGGUAUUGCCCAAGUAGACUAAGCAGAUCCAAGCUGCCUCCACAUACCUGGAGCAUGGAGACACUCUAGAUUUGGCCUUGUGUUCAUGGUUUUCCCAUGUGAGUUUGUCUUCUCAGUUGGGGAGCCGGACGCAGAGCUCGUCAAGGGUCUUUCCCCAGCAGCUCUAUCCUGAAAUAGUCUGACAAACCAUCUUCCAGCCUUAAUGGGAACGGUCUGGUGACUCAAGUUUACCUAUGUAGCCUGUUGUCUCAAAGAUCAAUCUGCAUACUUGGCAUGUAUGAGAGGAUUCAGUGUUUUAAUAUAGAAUAGCCUGACCCCUUCAUGAAAUAACCAAUCAGGCGGACAUCAAUGGAUGCCAAAACCUUUUGCAAAAGGCUGUUGAACAGAAUCUUUACACAGUGCUCAAAUGUUGCUAUAAAAAUAAUUUGCAAAACGAAAAAAAUCAACCUUUGAUAACGGACUGAUCUGUCACCGCUAUAAACCUGUCUUCAGACCUAGUAACAAUAAUGGGACAACUUGAUGUGUGCUUCGUAAUGAGAUGAUAUGAAGAAUACAACAGAACGUAGGCAAAAAAACCCAUGUUAACCUGAACUUAAUCCACCAUCUAGACCUGACUUCCAGCUGACAGGAAAUAGAGGGGGUAGAGGAACAAACCAAACAACAUUAGGUGACAACUACAGAAUGUGGGACAUUCUGGAACUCAAGUGCAAAAUAAAUGACUUUAACAAUUCUUGUGACAAUUGGAAAUGGAAUAAAGUGAUAAUGGAAUUAUUUUCUUAGGUAUAAUAAUGUACUUAUGGAGGCUACUGUCCUUAUUCUUGGAAUAUUAGGAAUAAAAUGAAGCUUCAUAACAACUUUUAAAUGGCUCAGCAAAAUGUAUAAUAAAGAUAAAAUUAACAUUUAUUGAAUCUAGGUGGAGCCUGUAUACAUUGUUCAUUGUACUAUCCAACUUUUCUCUGAAAACUUUCAUAAUAAAGGUGGAUAUAUAUAUAUAUAUAUAUAUAGUCUGUAUUUUCCUUUUGAGCCUAUGUGACUUUCAAGUUUUGUAAUGAAUAUAUUCUAUGAUUUAAAUCAAAAAGGCAAUAAAGUUAUUAAAAAUCUAA